CGAGAAGGGUUUUCCAAGUUCAACAAGAUCUAUGAAUACGACUACCAGAUGUUUGGCCAGAACGUUACCAUGGUGAUGACAUCCGUGUCGGGACACUUGCUGGCUCAUGAUUUCAAGCUGCCAUUCCGCAAAUGGCAUAGCUGCAACCCUCUAGCUCUUUUUGAUGCUGAAAUCGAGAAGUAUUGCCCUGAAAAUUACAUGGAUAUCAAGAGGACCCUCGAACGAGAAGUCCAGCAGUGCCAAGCUCUGGUGAUCUGGACUGACUGCGAUCGAGAAGGAGAGAACAUCGGCUUUGAAAUAAUUCACGUUUGCAAGGCUGUAAAGCCAAACCUCCGGGUUUUCCGAGCCCGUUUUUCGGAGAUUACACUUCAUGCUGUCAGAACAGCCUGCGAGAACCUCACCCAGCCAGAUCAAAAAACCAGUGAUGCCGUUGAUGUCAGGCAGGAGCUGGACCUCAGGAUAGGUGCUGCCUUCACCAGAUUCCAGACACUGAGGCUCCGGAAGAUCUUCCCUGAUAUUUUAGCAGAUCAGCUCAUCAGCUAUGGUAGCUGCCAGUUCCCAACACUGGGCUUUGUAGUUGAACGCUUUAAAGCCAUCCAGGCCUUUGUUCCUGAAGCCUUCUAUAAAAUAAAAGUGACACAUGAUCAUGAAGAUGGCAAUGUGGUCUUCAACUGGAAGAGGAACCGGCUCUUCAAUCACACAGCGUGCCUGGUCCUUUACCAGAUGUGCAUGGAGGAUCCAGUAGCAACUGUUGUUGAGGUCGUGAGCAAGCCAAAGAGCAAAUGGAGGCCCCUGCCCCUGGACACUGUGGAACUGGAGAAGCUGGCUUCCCGCAAGCUGAAAAUAAACGCAAAGGAAACCAUGAGAAUAGCAGAAAAACUCUAUACUCAAGGGUUCAUUAGCUACCCCCGAACUGAAACCAACAUUUUCCCCAAGGAGCUGAACCUUUCUUCCUUAGUACAACAACAAACACAGGACCCCAACUGGGGAGCAUUUGCACAGAGGAUUUUGGACGAGGGUGGGCCAACCCCUCGGAGUGGAACCAAAACAGAUCAGGCUCACCCUCCCAUUCACCCCACAAAAUACGCCGCUAACCUGCAGGGCAGCGAGCAGAGACUGUAUGAAUUCAUCGUGCGGCACUUUUUGGCUUGCUGCUCUCAAGAUGCCAAGGGACAGGAAACUACUGUGGAGAUCGACAUUGCUAACGAGCGAUUCAUUGCUCAAGGACUAAUGAUCCUGGCCCGAAAUUAUCUGGAAGUCUAUCCUUAUGAGAAGUGGAGCGAUAAGGUUAUCCCAGUGUAUCAGAAAGGGUCUCGCUUUCAGCCCACUACAGUGGAGAUGGUGGAUGGGGAAACCAGCCCUCCAUUGCUCCUCACAGAAGCGGAUCUGAUUGCUCUCAUGGAGAAACAUGGCAUUGGGACGGACGCCACUCAUGCCGAGCACAUCGAGACCAUUAAGACGCGGAUGUACGUGGGCCUUACAGCAGAUCAGCGGUUCCUGCCAGGCCACCUGGGCAUGGGGCUGGUUGAAGGCUAUGAUUCCAUGGGCUAUGAGAUGUCCAAGCCUGACCUUCGAGCUGAGCUGGAGGCCGAUCUGAAACUGAUCUGUGAGGGGAAGAAAGACAAAUCUGUAGUGUUGCAGCAGCAGGUCCAAAAGUACAAGGAAGUCUUCAUCGAAGCUGUAGCCAGAGCCAACAAGCUGGACCAGGCCCUGGCUCAGUAUUUUGGAGAAGCCACAGAAAUUGCAGAGCAAGAGGAGGUCUACCCAGCAAUGCCCGUUUCCGUUCGGAAGUGUCCACAGUGCAACAAUGACAUGGUCCUGAAGACCAGGAAGAAUGGCGGGUUCUAUCUCAGCUGCAUGGGCUACCCAGCUUGCAAAGCUGCAGUCUGGUUUCCUGAUUUUGUGCUGGACGUGGCCAGGGACGAGAGUGUCUGUGCUGUGUGUAAACCACAUCCAGUUCACAGACUGAAGUUUAAGUUCAAGAGAGGCAGUGUUCCACCCAUGAUGCCCCUGGAGUUUGUUGGUUGCAUCGGAGGCUGUGAUGAGAUGCUAAAAGAACUCUUGGACCUGAAGUAUUUGCACAGGUCAUCCCAGCCCGCAUCGUCAGCCAGCCAGCAAGCCAGUCACUUGCAGGUCAACAACUCCUCUAACAGAGCUCAUGGUGAAAGCAGGCACGCGAGAGGGACCACAAACCUGGCACCAGGACAUCUGCUCUCCUUGAGCUCCACGAGAACACCCAGGCCUGCUCCUUCAGCUGCUCCCGAUGACGGGAACGACGCGGUGGUGUGCAACUGCGGGAGCGACGCCCUGCUGCUAACCGUGCGCAAAGAAGGGCCCAACCAAGGCAGGCAGUUCUACAAAUGCAGCGCCGGCGCCUGCAACUUCUUCCUCUGGGCUGAUCAGCAGUCAGAGGACAGAAGCAACGAGGCUCCGCGGGGCUCUGCGCUGCCCCGGCCCUUUGCAGGAAGGGGCUCAGGAGGAGGGAGAGGCCCGGAGCUCUUUGGAAGCAACAGCUCGGAUUCAGGAGGCGGCACAGUCUGCAGGUGCGACCAGCCCGCUGUCACGCGCACCGUCCAAAAGGACGGGCCCAACAAGGGGCGGCAGUUCCACACCUGCUCCAAGCCCCGAGAGCAGCAGUGCGGCUUCUUCCAGUGGGCAGAUGAGAACGUGGCACCAGGGCCUUCUGGAGAUGUCUCUUUGAACCGCUUUGGCAGCAAUGGAUACUCAAGAGGGUUGGGAAGUAAAGCCAAGAGACCAAGCAGUCUCUCCUCAGGAGCCACUGCCAAGAAACCACGGACCUGUAGCAUUUGCCACCAGCCUGGCCAUACUAGGAAAACCUGCCCACAAAACCACUGA